CUCAAUUCUAUGCGCAUGCUCAAUAAGACUCUGGGCUCGAGCUCCUUCUUCCUCUUCCACGUUCAUCAUGGCACCCAAGACUGCCAGCAAGAAGGACAGCAAGGCUACGGCCUUGAAGGCCAAAAAGGCCGUCAAGGUUGGGGUUAACGCCAAGGGCAAGGCGAAGACGAGAACUUCAGUUACUUUCCGUCGCCCCAAGACUCUCCGUCUUCCCCGUACCCCCAAGUACCCAAGAAAGAGUGUACCCAGCCGCCCCAAGUUGGACAAAUUCGCUAUCAUCAAGCACCCUCUGACUACAGAAAGCGCAAUGAAGAAAAUCGAGGACAACAACACCCUCGUUUUCAUUGUUGACAAGCGUGCCAACAAGCCCUCAAUCAAGAUUGCCGUAAAGUCUCUGUAUGAGAUCGACGUUAUGAAGGUCAACACCCUCGUCCGUCCCGAUGGCCAGAAGAAGGCUUUCGUCCGUCUCUCAUCAGACUAUGACGCACUUGACGUUGCCAACAGAAUCGGCAUCAUCUAAACUGUCCUCCGAGCUGCGAAGUUUUUGUAUAGAAAAAAAGUGGAAAGAACAA